UUAACUGACUCGUUUUGUUUCUUCUUGUCUUUCAGAAAAUGUCUUUUGCUCCCCUUUUCCGGUUCGAACCCUCUUCCUCCGAGCUCACCCUUCGCCCCUCUGAUGCCGCUGACGCAGUGGCAAGCAAACGCCAGGCCUCUGCCACUGGGUCUCAGGUGAAGAGGGGUGAUGUGGUUCGAGGCGAGGGCCAGAGCCCUGCAGAAGGGUGGCAUGUCGGGCGAGUUUGUGCUGGCGGAGAGCGAGGAGCAGUUUGGCCUGUACCGCGGCCAAACUUUCCAGUGGCUGCUGGGAAAUGCGGUGGGGUACGCCGUCACCAUCUUGGCGUCCCACCAGAUGGAGAGAGAGGGAGGGGACACCAGCAAGUCGCCCCUCAUGGAGAACAAGGACGCCCUCACCUCCUACGCCGGGCUGUUCCCACCCAUGGUGAUGGCCGUCGCCAGGCGUAGGUUGUGCGAGGGCUCCGCGUCUUCCAGGGGGCUGGACGACGCGCUGGUGGGGUUCGGGGUGCAUUCGCACCGGACCUACAAGUCCCUGUAUGGCACGCGGGACCAAGAGAGUCGAACCUAUGUGGCUUGGGUCAGGACGCAGAAGGUGGGAGCUACUGCGUCCAGGAUGGGGACCCUGAAGCAGUAUGUGCUGGCCCGGGACGCUGAGCCCACAGCAGCACCGGAGCCAGGACAUGUCCUCCCACGGCCAGGUGUCUCCUACUCUGACCCGACCGACGCCGAACUGCUCGCCGCUGCCGACGAGGUCGACCCUCCCAGCACGUCCAGGGACGCCCCGCCGGCCGCGGCCCCGCUGGAAGGACCAGCACCAGGUCCAGGACCAGGACCGAUGGCCACGAGGCCUGCCUCCGGCAAAGAGCUGCUUCCCCUCAGCUGGAGGAAGACGCUGCCUGAGGAGCAGCAGGAGUGGGUGGGCCGGGCACUGUUCCGCAGGGACCCCAGCAGCGGGAAGGCUGUGCUCACCACACCGCCCCGACUGUGGUGGUACCCGCCAGGCGCCCGGCUCCUCUACACGCAGCCCCCCGCCACAGCCCACGCCUUCUUCCAGCGCCCCUUCUUCCUCUGGCUUCCGUAUCGGAUGUGGGCGUACCACCUCAAGUGCCCCGCCGAUGGGCGCAAGCUGAUGGGCGCUGGCCUAUACAAGACCGUGCGGAGGGUCUUGGACAGGAGUGGGUGGUAUUAUAUGGCCACAGAGUGCCUUCAGUGCCCCUCCUGCGGCAAGAAGGUGGCGGGCUGGUCGCAGGACAUCCUGGAGCAGCUGGACGUUGCUCACCGCGAGGAAUUCCCGGCCGUUCUCACCUACAAGUUGUCCUGCGACAGAGCCGUGAUAGCGAUGCUCAAGGAGCGCACCUUGGGCAACGGCGUCUCUCGCCUCCGUGCCUCCCUGGUGGAGCAGCACUCCAGGGACUGGAUGCAGCGCUCCAUUGCCUACCUGUCGGUGCUCCGCAAGCUGAGGGGACCCGGAGCGGCCCGGAAGGACGACGUGUCCCUGCCGACCUUCGUCAAGGUGCCCGGGCUCACCUGGUUUGGUCGGGUGUACGUGCUGGAGGCCGUGACCAGGCUGGACGAGACCAAGGCCAGGGUGACGUCGAUCUUCGGCGACAUCCUUAAGAUGGACUCCACCAAGAAGAUCGCCAAAAAGCUCGCGGGCGCCGCCGCCGGGUCUGCCGCCUGGAUGACCAACGUUGGCAACGAGUACGGGCAGGUGCUCGUGUCCGUCCUCACCUCGGCCGAGGGGGAGGGACUAACCAACAUGGCGGCCGGCCUGAAGCGGCGGUACCGCGAUGCCGGGAAGGCCCCUCCGAGGGUCCUGUAUGUGGACCGGGACUGCUGUGCCGCCGUGGGCAAUUCUGCCACGCACGGCAUGUACCACGAGUGGCAAGAGCUGGUGGUGCGGCUGGACGUGUGGCACCUCAUGCGGCGCUUCGCGAGGGGCGUCACCACCGACAGCCACCAGCUCUACGGCCUCUUCAUGGCCAGGCUGUCCUUCGCCAUCUUCGAGUGGGACGGCGAGGACGUGCGGCGCCUGAAGGAGGCCAAGCAGUCCUCGGAGGGGAGGGACGCCCAGGUCACGCUGUCCGCCAAGGAGCUGGCUCGCCACUGUCGCCGCCGUACGAGGGGUGCGGCGGAGACGGAGCGGCUCAUCCAGGAGGUGCUGGACGCCUUCUGGCAUGACCCAGAGGGGGUGGAGCUGUACACCAAGACAGGAGAGAUCACCAAGGGUGGUGUGAGGCUCCCCGUCUUCCGGUGCGCUCGCGGCUCCACCUCCCUCGAGUCCUUCCACCUGCACCAGUGCCGCUUCGUUCCGGGUACCACCUCGAGUGACGUCCACUAUCAGGUGUACCUGCUGGAGGGCCUGGCUCGGUGGAACGAGGACCGCGGCAGGGCGGCAGUCGAGGGAGGGCCGCGAGCGGCGCUGCGGUGCUACAGCGCCCGGCUGCAGCACAGCUUCAACGAGCUGGCCUCUGAGGUCAACGGGGUCCAGCCGGUCGACGACUUCACCCAGCCCAGAGAGUACACAGGGGAACUCUUGGGGGUGGAGUACCUCUACUCCCAGUCGGGCGCUGUGCUGCAGCCGGAUCCCGACCCUCUAGAUGGGGCCGAGGAGGAGGAAGAGGCCGCCGCCGAUGACGGCUUCGAGGAGGAGGAGGUGCAGCCGGAGGAUGAGCCAGAGGAGAUCCGUCUCCUGGCACACCACAGCGCCCUGCUCCAGGAGCCCUGCGGUGUGCUCCAGGUCGAUGCCACCUUGGAAUCGCCCCUUUCCGAGGUGGAGGAGGAGGAGGAGGAGGAGGAGGAAGUGAGUGGCAGUCGCCUGUCCACAUUUCAUAUCGGCCGCGGUGUUUGCGUGCGGCGUCUCAUCGUGUGCCGUGUGUGCGUUUUCUUUCAGGACGUCGUCGGGCCGGACGGUCAGCCCGGGUACCACCACGCGGUGGCCCUGGCCCACGGCCUCGUGGAGCUGCGUCACCACGCCUUCGUCACCGCCCGUCAGACCAGAGGCAUCAUCGAGAGGCUGACGGAGCGGGACAAGGCGCCGGUGACCUUCACCCCCCGCCACCAGGACCGGCUGGCUAAAGGUCGGUUCAAGACCAGCAACCGCCACGCCCACAUCCCAGGAGUGGACAGUGUGAAGCGGUAA